AUGACGAAAAAUCUAAAAGUAUUAGUAUCUUCAAAGGAUUUUCCUCCAGCUGCUCUAAAAGUUCUUCAAGAACAUUUUACAGUCCUUCAAACAAAUUACAUGAACUACGGUGAAGAAGGCAAGACCUUGACCAAAGAAGAUCUUCUGAAGCUCAUUCCAGGUUGUUCAGCACUUGUUUGGAUUUCAAACCUUCCUAUUACCAAAGAAUUGUUAGAUAAAGCCGGUCCUCAACUGAAGGUGGUGGCCACUGUAUCUGCGGGUUACAACCACUGCAAUGUGGACGAACUUAAGGCUCGGGGUAUCAAGCUCUCCAAUACACCCAAUGUGUUAUCAUCAGCAGUAGCAGAAAUUGCUGUGGGUCUUUUGUUGGGAGCAGCAAGGCGAUUUAAUGAGAAUCUUGCCCAAGUUGCCAGUGGUGAAUGGGAGAUUGGCUUCGAUAAGGUACUAGGACAAGAUAUACGGGGCAGCACAGUUGGUAUCGUGGGACUGGGAGGUAUUGGACAAGCUGUUGUCAAACGCCUUGCAGGAUUUGAAGUUAGCAAGUUCAUAUACAGUGGCCAUAGGGAAAAGCCUGAAGGUAAAGCUCUCGGUGCUGAAUUCGUGACACAAGAUGAGCUUCUAACACAAAGCGAUUUUAUCGUAUUGGCCGUGCCACUGACGAAUGAGACUAAGCACAUGAUUAAUAAAGAAAACCUUGCGAAGAUGAAGAACAACGCCAUCAUUGUAAAUGUUGGACGCGGAGACCUCGUGGACCAAGACGCAUUAUAUGAUGCACUGAAAAACAAACAGAUCUACGCCGCAGGUCUCGACGUCACUACACCUGAACCUUUACCGAAGGACCACAAACUCCUCACUUUGCCUAAUUUAUUCGUGCUACCUCAUAUUGGAAGUGCUACAGUCCGAACUCGCACUGAAAUGGGUGUGCUAGCAGCCAACAAUGUGAUCAACGCGCUCACUGGCAAGGCUCUCAUCACACCAGUUCAACUGUGA